AUGGCGCCAUCAAAGAGGGCGAAGGUGGUUUCGCUUACCAAAACAAAAAAGCAAAAGACGGGAAAUAGGAGCAGCGCCUCUCAGGCGAAGAAUCUGCUCAUUGAUGGUGUCAGACAGAUGGCGGAGGAGGAAGGAAUGCACAUCUACGUCAUCGAAGUUCACAACCAGAAAAACUCCCUCUUUAAGCUUGCACGGGAUGCUCUAAAACCUGGAAAGCUGUUUUUUGGAAAGAACAAAGUGCUGCAGGUGGCUUUAGGGUCGCAACCCUCCACCGAGUGUCUCGACAACGUAUAUAAGUUAUCAAAAAUGCUCAAGGGAGAAAGAGGCAUUCUAAUAACGAAGCACGAUCUCCCGGAAGUGAAGAAACUGCUGGCCCAAGUAACAGCAGACGAAUACGCCAAGGCCGGCUUUUUAGCCACAAAGACUAUUAUGCUCGAGCCAGGGUUCGAUGCCCUCGAGAGGUUUCCUCAUUCGAUGGAGCCACGACUUCGCUCUUUGGGCCUCCCCACCCAGUUGCAGAACGGAAAGAUUAAUCUCCUCGGCAAGCACACGGUCUGCACCGAAGGUUCUGCCCUCAGCGUCGAACAGGCGCAGAUUCUGAAACACCUGGAUGUGAAGAUGGCAAGGUUCUCGCUGUCUGUUGUGGGUCACUGGCACAACGGAAUGGUAGAGGCGUUGUGA